GAGGAAAGCGGGAGGAUGCGGGACGAGGAAGGCGAGCGAGACGGAGGAGGAGGCCCCUUCCGCUUCCGCCCGACCAGGCUCCGCUUCCCCGCCCAGCACCCCUUCUUCGAGGACGGCGACGUCCAGCGGCAUCUCCGCCUCCAGGAUGCGCAGCCCAGCGACCCCCCCGGAGGGGCCUCCCGGCCCCACGCUUCCUUCUCGUGCCCGGCCGUGGGCUGCGCGCAGGUCUUCGACUCCCUGGCCAGCUGCGAGCAUCACUACGGCCUCCUGCACCGCAGCGCCUGCUCCGCCUGCCAGCGCACCUUCCCCUCGGCGCACCUGCUGCACCUGCACCUGCUCGAGUGGCACGACGCCCUCUUCGGGCUCAUGGCGGAGAAACACAGCCUGUACCAGUGCCUGGUUGAGAGCUGUCCAGAGAAGUUCAAGAACAGCAAAGAGCGCAAGGAGCACUUGGUCCGGGCUCACUGCUACCCGUCGGACUUCCGCUUUGAUAAACCCGUGAAGGCAAAGAGCACAAAGGAAGUGAGAUCUCCCUCCAGAGAGAGCGCCUUCCCAAUGGAUGUGCGGGAGGGAGAAGACUGCAGGGAGCCAGCAGCAGACGAUGGCAUGGAAGUCGGUCCCAGCGAGAGCACAGAGGAGAAGCCGCCCCAGCCUGGGGCAGAGGACACGCCAGCCUUUCCGCUGCCUGAGAGGACACUCUACAGGACCAGUGUCCCACCCACUGUUUGCUUUGGACAAGGGGCAAAGCGCAGCUUCCAAGGCAGAAAAAAGAAGGCCUGAGGGACCCAAGAGGAAUUUCCAGAAGCGGCAGAACAAAGAAAGACUCUUGCAAAGCCCAGAUGGCCUUUCCUCGGGCGGAGGAGCUGGUUUUGACCCUUCAGCAGAGGCAAAGUGGGCUCCGGUGUAGGGAGGUGUGCCUGCCCUACCUGGCAGAGACAGCGAACUGAGGCCUUCUCCAACUGUGAGCUGCUCCUGCAGGCUAGGAGUCCCCAGAACCAGAGCUGGGUGCGGAGGGUGAAAAUUGUUUCCGUAUUUUUGAAAAUAAAAUUCUUGGUGUUUA